AUGCCGGUGUCCCUGGAGCUGCGGCUGCUGCUGCUGGCGCUGGCGCUGCGGGGGGAGGCGGUGCCACCCCCGGUGCCACCCCCGCUCUGCGCCCCCCCCGCGGGCGGGGCCUGCGCUUGCCCCGCCCCCUCGGGCGAGGCCCCGCCCCCGGCGCCGCCCCGGCCCGCGUGUCCCCGCGGCUGCAGCGACCAGGGCCGGUGCGAGCGGGGCCGCUGCCGCUGCUUCCCGGGCUGGAGCGGCCCCGACUGCGGCACGGCCGCCUGCGCGCCCGGCUGGGGCGGCGCCCGCUGCCACGUCGAGGUGCCCUGGGUGUCACCCCGCCUGGCCUCCCGCACGCCGACGUCGCUGCGCAUCACCUGGGGCCAGCCCCCGGUGCCACCCGACGGCUACCGGGUGACACUGGUGCCACUGGAUGACCCGGUGGCCAUGACGACGCACGAGCUGCCCAGCUCCGCCGUCGCCUUCUCGGUGACAGGGCUGUCCCCAGGCCGCCCCUUCGAGCUGCUGGUGCAGGCCCGGCGGGGGCCGCACCUGGGGGCACCCGGGGUCCUGCGGCUGCGCACAGCGCUCACCCCGUCCGUGCCCCACCACGAGGGGUCCCCGGGGUCACCUCAGGGCUCCCUGGGGUCCCCAGCAGUGGCACCAUCAGCCCGAGGAGCCCCAGAGUCCCCAGGGUCCCCAGGGUCACCGGUGUCACCCCUGUCGCCAGACUUGUCCCUGGGGUCACCCGGGUCCUUGGGGUCACCAGCAUCUCCCAAGUCACCAGUGUCACCAGAGUCCCCAGGGUCACCAGUGUCACCAGAGUCCCCAGGGUCACCGGUGCCACCAGAGCGCCCACGGUCACCAGUGUCACCAGAAUUCCCAGAGUCACCAGUGUCACCAGAGUCCCCAGGGUCACCGUCCCCGUGGUCCCCAGAGUCCCCGUGGUCCCCCCUGUCCCCAGGCGUCCCCUCCCUGCAGGACCUGGUGGCCCGGCUGUCCCCGUACGGUGGCUCCCUGCUGCAGCGUCUCGAGAGCCACCUCCGGGCCACCAAGUUCCCUCUGCGUGGCAACCAGACGGUGCCGGGGGUGGCCCGUGCCAUCCUGGCCUACAUCCUGCGGCGGCACCCGGGCCUGGGGACAGCGCGGGGACACGCAGGGGACGGUGGAAACCAGGUGGAAGUGCUGGAAUGGGGGGACUUGGACAGGAUGAAGGUGACGGAGCCAUGGAGGGACGUGAGGAAAACAGUCAAACCCGAGCCAGAAGAGCAGCGUCCAUCCCGGCCAGCCCUGGGUGACCUGAGGGUCUCGAGUGUCACGCCCAGCUCUGUGCAGCUGCACUGGAGCGUCCCCCAGGGCUCCUUUGACUCCUUCACGCUGCAGUACCGGGAUGCCCAGGGCCAGCCCCAGGCCCUGCCCAUCGAUGGCGGGUCCCGCUCGGUGACAGUGCCAGGGCUGUCCCCGUCCCGCCGGUACCGCUUCCACCUCUACGGGCUGAGGGGUGAGAAGAGGAUCGACCGUGUCUCCAUUGAUGUCAUCACAGCUGCAGAAGAGCCAGAGGAGCAGAACUUGCCCUCAGAGGAGCCCCAACAGGAGAAACCCCAAACUGAGCCCCCAGCAUCAGAGUCAUUCCCAGCAGGAGCAGAGCUGGGGGAGCUGAGGGUCUCGAGUGUCACGCCCAGCUCUGUGCAGCUGCACUGGAGCGUCCCCCAGGGCUCCUUUGACUCCUUCACGCUGCAGUACCGGGAUGCCCAGGGCCAGCCCCAGGCCCUGCCCAUCGAUGGCGGGUCCCGCUCGGUGACAGUGCCAGGGCUGUCCCCGUCCCGCCGGUACCGCUUCCACCUCUACGGGCUGAGGGGCAGGAAGAAGAUCAACCAUGUGUCCACCGAGGUCAUGACGGCCACUGAAGAACCCUUGCCCUCAGAGGAGCGUCAAGUUGAAAUGCCCCAAACAGAGUCCCCGGCACCUGAGGCACCCCCAGCACAGGCAGUGCUGGAAGACCUGAGGGUCUCGAGUGUCACGCCCAGCUCUGUGCAGCUGCACUGGAGCGUCCCCCAGGGCUCCUUUGACUCCUUCACGCUGCAGUACCGGGAUGCCCAGGGCCAGCCCCAGGCCCUGCCCAUCGAUGGCGGGUCCCGCUCGGUGACAGUGCCAGGGCUGUCCCCGUCCCGCCGGUACCGCUUCCACCUCUAUGGGCUGAGGGGCAGGAAGAAGAUCGACCAUGUGUCCACCGAGGUCAUCACGGGAGCUGCAGAAGAGCCAGAGGAACAGCCCCGGCCCACAGAGGAACCACAGCAGGAGAAACCCCAAACUGAGGCCCCCACAUCUGAGGCACUCCCAGCAAGAGCAGAGCUGGGUGACCUGAGGGUCUCGAGUGUCACGCCCAGCUCUGUGCAGCUGCACUGGAGCGUCCCCCAGGGCUCCUUUGACUCCUUCACGCUGCAGUACCGGGAUGCCCAGGGCCAGCCCCAGGCCCUGCCCAUCGAUGGCGGGUCCCGCUCGGUGACAGUGCCAGGGCUGUCCCCGUCCCGCCGGUACCGCUUCCACCUCUACGGGCUGAGGGGCAGGAAGAAGAUUAUCCACAUUUCAACCGAGGUCAUGACAGGAGCUGCAGAAGAGCCAGAGGAACUGCCCAUGCCAACAGAGGAACCGCAGCAUGAGAAACCCCAUACUGAGGCCCCCACACCUGAGGCCACUCCAGCACUGGAAGACCUGAGGGUGUCUGGUGUCACAUCCAACUCUGUGGAGCUGCACUGGAGCGUCCCCCAGGGCUCCUUUGACUCCUUCACGCUGCAGUACCGGGAUGCCCAGGGCCAGCCCCAGGCCCUGCCCAUCGAUGGCGGGUCCCGCUCGGUGACAGUGCCAGGGCUGUCCCCGUCCCGCCGGUACCGCUUCCACCUCUACGGGCUGAGGGGCAGGAAGAAGAUCGACCAUGUGUCCACCGAGGCUGUGACAGCCAUGGAAGAACCCCUGCCCUCAGAGGAACCGCAGCAUGAGAAACCCCAAACUGAGUCCCCAGCAUCUGAGGCCACCCCAGCACUGGAAGACCUGAGGGUGUCUGGUGUCACAUCCAACUCUGUGGAGCUGCACUGGAGCGUCCCCCAGGGCUCCUUUGACUUCUUCACGCUGCAGUACCGGGAUGCCCAGGGCCAGCCCCAGGCCCUGCCCAUCGAUGGUGGGUCCCGCUCGGUGACAGUGCCAGGGCUGUCCCCAUCCCGCCGGUACCGCUUCCACCUCUACGGACUGAGGGGAGGCAAAAGGAUUGACCGUGUCUCCACUGACACUGUCACAGUGGAAAAGCCCCAAACGGAGUCCCCGGCACCUGAGGCACUCCCAGCAAGAGCAGAGCUGGGGGACCUGAGGGUCUCCAGUGUCACAUCCAACUCUGUGGGGCUGCAGUGGAGCGUCCCUGAAGGAUCGUUUGACUCCUUCCUGCUGCAGUACCGGGAUGCCCAGGGCCAGCUCCAAGCCCUGCCCAUCGAUGGCGGGUCCCGCUCGGUGACAGUGCCAGGGCUCUCCCCUUCUCAGUGGUACCGCUUCCACCUCUGUGGUUUGCAGGGAAGGAAGAAGAUCGACUGUGUGUCCACCGAUGUCAUGACAGGAGCUGCAGAAGAGCCAGAGGAACAGCCCCUGCCCACAGAGGAACCGCAGCAGGAGAAAGCCCAAACUGAGGCCCCCACAUCUGAGGCACUCCCAGCAAGAGCAGAGCUGGGUGACCUGAGGGUCUCGAGUGUCACGCCCAGCUCUGUGCAGCUGCACUGGAGUGUCCCCCAGGGCUCCUUUGACUCCUUCACGCUGCAGUACCGGGAUGCCCAGAGCCAGCCCCAGGCCCUGCCCAUCGAUGGCGGGUCCCGCUCGGUGACAGUGCCAGGGCUGUCCCCGUCCCGCCGGUACCGCUUCCACCUCUACGGGCUGAGGGGCAGGAAGAAGAUUAUCCACAUUUCAACCGAGGUCAUGACAGGAGCUGCAGAAGAGCCAGAGGAACUGCCCAUGCCAACAGAGGAACCGCAGCAGGAGAAACCCCAAACUGAGUCCCCCACACCUGAGGCCACUCCAGCACUGGAAGACCUGAGGGUGUCUGGUGUCACAUCCAACUCUGUGGAGCUGCACUGGAGCGUCCCCCAGGGCUCCUUUGACUCCUUCACGCUGCAGUACCGGGAUGCCCAGGGCCAGCCCCAGGCCCUGCCCAUCGAUGGCGGGUCCCGCUCGGUGACAGUGCCAGGGCUGUCCCCGUCCCGCCGGUACCGCUUCCACCUCUACGGGCUGAGGGGCAGGAAGAAGAUCGACCAUGUCUCCACCGAGGCUGUGACAGCCAUGGAAGAACCCCUGCCCUCAGAGGAAUCGCAGCAGGAGAAACCCCAAACUGAGUCCCCAGCAUCUGAGGCCACCCCAGCACUGGAAGACCUGAGGGUGUCUGGUGUCACAUCCAACUCUGUGGAGCUGCACUGGAGCGUCCCCGAGGGCUCCUUUGACUCCUUCACGCUGCAGUACCGGGAUGCCCAGGGCCAGCCCCAGGCCCUGCCCAUCGAUGGCGGGUCCCGCUCGGUGACAGUGCGAGGGCUGUCCCCGUCCCGCCGGUACCGCUUCCACCUCUACGGGCUGAGGGGAGGCAAAAGGAUUGAGCGUGUCUCCACCGACACUGUCACAGCCACUGAAGAACCCUUGCCCUCAGAGGAGCCUCAAGUGGAAAAGCCCCAAACGGAGUCCCCGGCACCUGAGGCACUCCCAGCAAGAGCAGAGCUGGGGGACCUGAGGGUCUCCAGUGUCACAUCCAACUCUGUGGGGCUGCAGUGGAGCGUCCCUGAAGGAUCGUUUGACUCCUUCCUGCUGCAGUACCGGGAUGCCCAGGGCCAGCUCCAAGCCCUGCCCAUCGAUGGCGGGUCCCGCUCGGUGACAGUGCCAGGGCUGUCCCCUUCUCAGUGGUACCGCUUCCACCUCUGUGGUUUGCAGGGAAGGAAGAAGAUCGACUGUGUGUCCACCGAUGUCAUGACAGGAGCUGUAGAAGAGCCAGAGGAACUGCCCCUGUCCACAAAGGAACCGCAGCAGGAGAAAGCCCAAACUGAGGCCCCCACAUCUGAGGCACUCCCAGCAAGAGCAGAGCUGGGGGAGCUGAGGGUCUCGAGUGUCACGCCCAGCUCUGUGCAGCUGCACUGGAGCAUCCCCCAGGGCUCCUUUGACUCCUUCACGCUGCAGUACCGGGAUGCCCAGGGCCAGCCCCAGGCCCUGCCCAUCGAUGGCGGGUCCCGCUCGGUGACAGUGCCAGGGCUGUCCCCGUCCCACCGGUACCGCUUCCACCUCUACGGGCUGAGGGGCAGGAAGAAGAUCGACCAUGUGUCCACCGAGGUCAUCACGGAAGCUGUAGAAGAGCCAGAGGAACUGCCCCUGUCCACAAAGGAACCGCAGCAUGAGAAACCCCAAACUGAGGCCCCCACACCUGAGGCCACUCCAGCACUGGAAGACCUGAGGGUGUCUGGUGUCACAUCCAACUCUGUGCAGCUGCACUGGAGCGUCCCCCAGGGCUCCUUUGACUCCUUCACACUGCAGUACCGGGAUGCCCAGGGCCAGCCCCAGGCCCUGCCCAUCGAUGGCGGGUCCCGCUCGGUGACAGUGCCAGGGCUGUCCCCGUCCCGCCGGUACCGCUUCCACCUCUACGGGCUGAGGGGCAGGAAGAAGAUCGACCAUGUGUCCACCGAGGUCAUCACGGGAGCUGCAGAAGAGCCAGAGGAGCGGCCCCUGCCCACAGAGGGACCGCAGCAUGAGAAACCCCAAACUGAGGCCCCCACACCUGAGGCCACUCCAGCACUGGAAGACCUGAGGGUGUCUGGUGUCACAUCCAACUCUGUGGAGCUGCACUGGAGCGUCCCCCAGGGCUCCUUUGACUCCUUCACGCUGCAGUACCGGGAUGCCCAGGGCCAGCCCCAGGCCCUGCCCAUCGAUGGCGGGUCCCGCUCGGUGACAGUGCCAGGGCUGUCCCCGUCCCGCCGGUACCGCUUCCACCUCUACGGGCUGAGGGGAGGCAAAAGGAUUGAGCGUGUCUCCACCGACACUGUCACAGCCACUGAAGAACCCUUGCCCUCAGAGGAGCCUCAAGUGGAAAAGCCGCAAACUGAGUCCCCGGCACCUGAGGCGCUCCCAGGAAGAGCAGAGCUGGGGGACCUGAGGGUCUCCAGUGUCACAUCCAACUCUGUGGGGCUGCAGUGGAGCGUCCCUGAAGGAUCGUUUGAUUCCUUCCUGCUGCAGUACCGGGAUGCCCAGGGCCAGCCCCAGGCCCUGCCCAUCGAUGGCGGGUCCCGCUCGGUGACAGUGCCAGGGCUCUCCCCUUCUCAGUGGUACCGCUUCCACCUCUGUGGUUUGCAGGGAAGGAAGAAGAUUGACCGUGUGUCCACCGAUGUCAUGACAGGAGCAGCAGAAGAGCCAGAGGAACUGCCCCUGUCCACAAAGGAACCGCAGCAUGAGAAACCCCAAACUGAGGCCCCCACACCUGAGGCACUCCCAGCAAGAGCAGAGCUGGGUGACCUGAGGGUCUUGAGUGUCACGCCCAGCUCUGUGCAGCUGCACUGGAGCGUCCCCCAGGGCUCCUUUGACUCCUUCACGCUGCAGUACCGGGAUGCCCAGGGCCAGCCCCAGGCCCUGCCCAUCGAUGGCGGGUCCCGCUCGGUGACAGUGCCAGGGCUGUCCCCGUCCCACCGGUACCGCUUCCACCUCUACGGGCUGAGGGGAGGCAGAAGGGUUGAUCGAGUCUCCACCGAGGCUGUGACAGCACCAUCUGGUCAACCAUCAACCCUUCCACCAACCCAAGCAGAGCUGGGGGAGCUGAGGGUCUCGAGUGUCACGCCCAGCUCUGUGGAGCUACAGUGGAGCGUCCCCGAGGGCUCCUUUGACUCCUUCACGCUGCAGUACCGGGAUGCCCAGGGCCAGCCCCAGGCCCUGCCCAUCGAUGGCGGGUCCCGCUCGGUGACAGUGCCAGGGCUGUCCCCGUCCCGCCGGUACCGCUUCCACCUCUACGGGUUACAAAGUGGCAAAAGGAUUGACCACGUGUCCACUGAUUUCGUGACAGAUGCAGCAGUUCCAGAGCAGCUGCCCCUACCCUCACAGGAGCCCCAACUUGAAGACCACAACCCUGAGCAGCCCCAAACUGAGUCCAGCCAGGGACAGGUGGUGCUGGGGGAGCUGAGGGUCUCGAGUGUCACGCCCGGCUCUGUGCAGCUGCACUGGAGCGUCCCCCAGGGCUCCUUUGACUCCUUCACGCUGCAGUACCGGGAUGCCCAGGGCCAGCCCCAGGCCCUGCCCAUCGAUGGCGGGUCCCGCUCGGUGACAGUGCCAGGGCUGUCCCCGUCCCGCCGGUACCGCUUCCACCUCUACGGGCUGAGGGGCAGGAAGAAGAUCGACCGUGUCUCCACCGAGGCUGUGACAGCUGACCCAGAGGAUCUGUCCCCACCCUCAAUGGACACCCCAACUGGGGGCCCCCCAGAUGAGGAUCACAACACUGCACAUCCCCAAACUGAGGCCCCUCCAUCUGCAGCCCCUCCGGCACAGGCGGUGCUGGAAGACCUGAGGGUCUCGAGUGUCACGCCCAGCUCUGUGCAGCUGCACUGGAGCGUCCCCCAGGGCUCCUUUGACUCCUUCACGCUGCAGUACCGGGAUGCCCAGGGCCAGCCCCAGGCCCUGCCCAUCGAUGGCGGGUCCCGCUCGGUGACAGUGCCAGGGCUGUCCCCGUCCCGCCGGUACCGCUUCCACCUCUACGGGCUGAGGGGCAGGAAGAAGAUCGACCAUGUGUCCACCGAGGCUGUGACAGGUGAGGGGGAAGGUCACAGGGCCCGCCCGGCACAGGCGGUGCUGGAAGACCUGAGGGUCUCGAGUGUCACGCCCAGCUCUGUGCAGCUGCACUGGAGCGUCCCCCAGGGCUCCUUUGACUCCUUCACGCUGCAGUACCGGGAUGCCCAGGGCCAGCCCCAGGCCCUGCCCAUCGAUGGCGGGUCCCGCUCGGUGACAGUGCCAGGGCUGUCCCCGUCCCGCCGGUACCGCUUCCACCUCUACGGGCUGAGGGGCAGGAAGAAGAUCGACCAUGUGUCCACCGAGGCUGUGACAGCCAACUUGGAUGAGCCACCCAUGCCUUCAGCAGAUCUCCAACCUGCGGAACCCCAACCUAAAGAUCCCCCAGCUGGGUCCCCAUCAAGUGACACCGCCCCGACCCGGGCAGUGCUGGGUGACCUGAGGGUCUCGAGUGUCACGCCCAGCUCUGUGCAGCUGCACUGGAGCGUCCCCCAGGGCUCCUUUGACUCCUUCACGCUGCAGUACCGGGAUGCCCAGGGCCAGCCCCAGGCCCUGCCCAUCGAUGGCGGGUCCCGCUCGGUGACAGUGCCAGGGCUGUCCCCGUCCCGCCGGUACCGCUUCCACCUCUACGGGCUGAGGGGCAGGAAGAAGAUCGACCAUGUGUCCACCGAGGUCAUCACGGGAGCUGCAGAAGAGCCAGAGGAACAGCCCCUGCCCACAGAGGAACCGCAGCAGGAGAAUCCCCAAACUGAGGCCCCCACACCUGAGGCCACUCCAGCACUGGAAGACCUGAGGGUGUCUGGUGUCACAUCCAACUCUGUGGAGCUGCACUGGAGCGUCCCCCAGGGCUCCUUUGACUCCUUCACGCUGCAGUACCGGGAUGCCCAGGGCCAGCCCCAGGCCCUGCCCAUCGAUGGCGGGUCCCGCUCGGUGACAGUGCCAGGGCUGUCCCCGUCCCGCCGGUACCGCUUCCACCUCUACGGGCUGAGGGGUGGCACCAGGACCGAGCACGUCUCCACCGAGGCCGUCACCGGCGGCCCCGGCAGCCUCAGGGUGGACUCCGUGUGGCCCCGCAGCGCCCGAGUGCUCUGGGAGCCCCAGCCCGGCCCCAGCGACGGCUUCGAGCUGGAGUACGGCCCCACAGGGGGACCCCAAAAGGUGCUGUCGGUGCCCCCCGAGGCCUCGGCGCAGCGGCUCUGGGGCCUGGAGCCCGCGCGCCGUUACCGGCUUGUCCCCCCAGCGCCGCUGCCGUUCCCGCACCCCCGGGACUGCGCCCAGGAGCAGCUGAACGGCCCCGGGCCCUCGCGCGUCGCCGUCAUCUUCCUCGGCGGGGACCCGGCCCGGGCCCUGCGCGUCUACUGCGACAUGGACACCGACGGCGGCGGCUGGACCGUGUUCCAGCGGCGCCAGGACGGCAGCACCGACUUCUGGCGGGACUGGGACUCGUACGCGAAGGGAUUCGGGAACGUCAGCGGCGAGUUCUGGCUCG